UAUUUUUACAACCAUCCGCGGAAAUUUUUCGGAUCAGCUUUCGACUGGCGGAAAGUGGCCAGUGCGGACGAGUGAAAGAGCACUGCUGCUACUUCAUUGAGUUAUGGAAUAUAUUUUUUUCUUUCAAUAGGAAUAGAAAACACUAGAAAGCAUACAAUAUUUUUUAAUUACAGAAUGGAGCAUUUUAGGAGUAAGCGAGUAUAUUCCUUAAGUGACUCAGUGGAAGACGGAAAUGAGAUAAGGAUGAAGUACUGCACGGAGCUAAAAGAAGAUCAGUCAAUUGCAGACAAAACCACCGACAAGAGCAACUAUGGCACUGUAUCCACUUUUUCGAAUUUCAUGAGCCACACGAAAGAUGUCAUCUCUCACGAUUACAGCUCUGUUCUGGACGAAAAAAUACAUGUUCCUGAAUCUGAAAACUACGAUUUCAGCUGGAAGAAGCUAUGGGCUUUCAGCGGUCCUGGCUUCUUGAUGAGUAUUGCCUACCUGGACCCGGGCAACAUCGAAGCGGAUCUCAAAGCUGGAACCGAGGCCAAGUAUGCUCUGCUAUGGAUUCUCAUGUGGGCCACCAUUCUGGGACUUUUCAUCCAGAGGUUGGCGGCCCGUCUGGGGGCCGUCACCGGUGAGGACUUGGCUGAAACUUGCCGAAGACGGUUCACUCCACUGCCCAGGUACACGCUGUGGAUCAUGCUGGAGAUCACUAUCAUAGCAGCUGACAUGCAAGAGGUCAUCGGAACGGCCAUAGCUCUGUACUUACUUUCCAGUAAAAAGAUUCCGAUAUGGGGUGGAGUUCUGUUAACUAUAUUUGACACCUUCACUUUUCUAUUUUUGGAUAAAUAUGGACUUCGGAAACUGGAGGCCUUCUUUGCAUUUCUCAUCGCUGUAAUGGCUGUCACAUUUGGAUACGAAUACAUCAUGGUCCAGCCGGAUCAAGUAGAAGUGGUGAAAGGGUUGUUCAUCCCCGGAUGUGCCUCCUGCAGCAGUCGAGUGCUCCUGCAGGCGGUUGGCAUCGUCGGCGCCCUCAUCACCCCACACAACCUUUACUUACAUUCGUCCCUCGUCAAGAGCAGGCAAAUCAACAGGAAGAACAAAGCUGAGGUGUCCGACGCCAACAGGUACUACUUCAUCGAGUCCGCCAUCGCCCUCUUCGUCUCGCUCGUCAUCAACAUCUUCGUGAUAGGUGUGUUCGCGGCAGGAAUGAAUGACGUCACCAACAGCCACGUGAGUAACCUGUGCCAUGAGAGAGGAAUAAAUGCUAGUGACGUAUUUGACGAAGGUGAAUCAAUCAUUUCGGGAGACAUAUAUCGAGGAGGCAUAUUCCUAGGAUGUGAAUUCGGUACAGCGUAUUUGUAUAUUUGGGCUGUAGGACUUCUCGCAGCAGGUCAAAGUUCGACCAUGACAGGAACCUAUACUGGACAGUUCGUUAUGGAGGGAUUCUUGCACAUGAAAUGGAAAAGAUGGAAGAGGGUUCUUCUCACUCGAACCAUUGCCAUCCUCCCAACUGUCUCGGUGGCUGUCAUGCAGGACGUUAACCACGUGAGCGGCAUGAACGAUUUCCUCAACGCCCUCAUGUCGAUGCAGCUGCCAUUUGCCCUGCUGACAACAUACCUAUUUACGGCCUCAAAGACGUUGAUGGGAGAUUUUGUUAACGACAGGAAGAACAAUAUCUUCAUGGGAGUGGUGACGACCUUUCUGAUUAGUCUGAAUCUGUACUUCGUAACGAAUUUUGUGAUGGAAACCCUCCCGAUGACGUGGAUAGUUUUCAUUUGCUUCGGCAUUUUCUUGGUCUUCUACACUGUCGUACUUGGAUUCCUGACCCUCUGCUUAUUAGUUGUCUUGGGUUGCAACAGACUGACAAAAUUACCAGUAGUUGGAGUUUACCUAGAAGAACGCUACGAAUUUACGGAUUUUACAAAGCUCGUAGAAUCUACCGAAACUCUAAAUGAAGUAAAAAUGGUACCUCAGUAAAAGAAUAAUGCUGAAUAUUACAGAUUUGUCAUGGCAGAUGGAAGAUUUAUAAUGAAUAAAAGAUGGAGUGGAUUUAUAAGAGCAAAAUAAGCUGAUUCACGAUUCAAAUUAAUUUUGUAAAUGCUUCUAUACAAAAGCAUUUUCAAUAUCUAGCCUUUUUUCCAAAACCAAUUUAAAAACAUUAAUUAGAUGGUUUUUUCAAGCCUUUCUAAAAUAUUUUUCUUUAUAAAAUUGACCAAAAUAAGCUUUUAUGAAUAUAACCAAAACAUUCCAUUAAACUUUAUCAAUAUUCUAUAUUUUUAACAAUAGCAAUAUGGCAAGUAUUUUUUUAAAACCACAUAUUGGCGUAAGCAAAACAAAUCGAAAAUUAAAUUCCUAAAAAAAUUAUUUUUAGAAAAUGAAGCCAUUAUUGAAAUUAAGAAUUUUAUUAAAAAUGCAAUUAUAAUGCUAAUGUGUUUAAAGAGCAGUGCUAUUCUAAUGACAUUUUAAAUCAAUAAAAAAUAUUAUAUAUUUUUACUAAGUUUAAAUCUAGUAAUAUGCAUUUCAAUUUUUUCAAUUAUUGGAUUAAUCUCAAGAAAUCUGCAUUUUAAAAUGUGCAUCCAUAUGAUCAUUUGAAGAUCAAAUAUUUUUGCAUAUGUUUCUGCCAGUUGUGGGAAAAAUGCUUAUAUGGAAGCAUAAUGCAAAAUAAAUAAAAAUUUGAUAAUAUUCAACAUAGCAAGAAAAGAAUGCAUUUGUCAUAAUAAUUCAUGUGUUGGUUUGGGUAACAAUAUAAAUACCUGACAAUAUGACUGGCAAAAAACAUUAUAAUUUCAGCAUGAAUUUUCUAUUUUUCAUGCUCUUAAAAGGGUUGGUUUGAUAAGAGCCUACUAUAUAUGUGUCGUGCGCGAGCGCCAUUUUACUCUGUGUAUAAAUGUUUGUAAUUUAUUUAUAUUUUAUAUUGUAAACUGCCAGAACAAAAUAAAAGUUUUUAAAAUAUA